CCAUGUGUGUGCUGUGCCACUCCCCCUUAUCCCCAGUGUCACACCCGUGUGUGAUCUGUGCCACUCCCCCGUGUCCCCAGCGCCACCCCCGUGUCCCCGUGGGGACCCACAGGAAGUCACCACGCGCAGGAAGUGGCAGAGCCCGGGCUGAGCGCGGCACGGGCGGAGCCCGCCCCGGUGACACCGCGAGGACACGGCCCCCGGGACCCCUGGGACCCCCGGGACACACCGGACACUCGGGGACACUCGGGAUCCCUGGAACACUGCGGGCACUGCAGACACUCCGGACACAUCAGACACUGAGGACACUCAGGAACCCCAGGACACUCUGGACACCCCAGACUCUUGGGACACGCUGGACACUUGGGGACACUGCGGACACUUGGGGACACUCCAGACACUGCUGACACUCCAAACACUGUGGACACUUGGAGACACUCUGGACACUCUGGACACUUGGGACACCUGGGAACACCCUGGACACUCCAGACACUCCAAACACUGUGGACACUGCUGACGCUCCGGACACUUGGGGACACUUGGGGGCACUUGGGGACACUCAGCACCCUCGGGACACUCCGGACUCUCAGGGACACUCGGCAGAGGCCAGACACACGGACACUGGCGAUGGAGGAGGCGGUGGUGAAGCAGGGCUGGCUGUACCUGCAGCUGCAGCAAACCUUCGGCAAGAAGUGGAAGAAGUUCUGGGCCGUGCUGUACCGGGAGAGCUCCUGCUCCACGGCGCGCCUGGAGCUGCUGGAGGGCCCCGAGCGGCCGCGCAGGGCCGAGGGCGGCCGGCGCCUGGUCCGGCUCAGCGACUGCGUGCACGUGGCCGAGGCGGGCGGUGACACCUCCUGUCCCAAGGACACCGUCCCCUUCCUGCUGGAGACCACGGAGCGCCGCUUCCUGCUGGCCGCCGACGGCGCCGAGGUGGCCGAAUGGAUCCAGCGGCUGUGCGAGCUGGCGUUCCCGAGGAGCCGGGAGGAUCCAGGAGUGGCCAAGGAGGGCACGGAGGGCGAGUUCUCCAUGGAGGAAAAUUCCCUGUACAGCUCGGGGGGCAAAGCCGGCCUGGAGCAGGUGUUUGAGGUGACAGUGAGGGUGACGCCAUCAUCGCAGCGCUGCCGGCUCCGGGGCCGCUGCAUCCUGCGGGCGGGCAAGGAGGCGCUGGAGCUGCGGCACCCGCAGAGCCAGGAGCUGCUGGCCAGCUGGCCCUACCGCUUCCUGCGCCGCUUUGGCCGCGACAAGGUCACCUUCUCCUUCGAGGCCGGCCGGCGCUGCGCGUCCGGAGAGGGCAACUUCGAGUUCGACACCAGGCAGGGCAACGAGAUCUUCCAGGCCAUCGAGGCGGCCAUCGAGGUCCAGCGGGGCCGGGGGGGCCCCACGGACGAAGCCCCGCGGCCGCUCGACCACGCCAGGACGCCCAGCUGGGCGCAGGGCCACGAGGAGCCCAAGUGUCCCUCUGGGGAGGCGAAGGCGCCCAAAGGGGAGGGGAAAGGGGUCAAGGGCAGGCCGGUGGUGCCCCCCGGGGCUGGGGAGGUCUCAGGGCCGUUCCAGCUGUCGCGGGGUGGGGACUGUCCCUACGCCGAGCCCCACGAUUCGCUGCGCCGUGGGAACGCGGCCGCGCCGCCGGACAAGGGCCGGAGGCCGGACGGCGCCAGGGUGGAGUCCGAGUACGCCGUCCCCUUCGACACCAUCGCCAAGGCCUUCCUGGCGCGCCAGUUCGGUGGCUUGGGCUGUCCCCAGGAGGGGCUGCCUGAGCCCCCAAGCGUCCCCAGGGAUGCAGGGGGGGGUCAGCAGCCCCCCGGCCGCCCCACGGCCCCCAAACCCGAGCACAUCUACGACGAGCCCGAGGGUCUCUCGGGCCUCUCGCUGUACGACGAGCCGGAGGAGGUGAAGGGGGAGGCCUGGAGGCUGCAGGCGGCCCCCGAGGAGCCCCCCGGGCUCGGGUGUCCCUACAACCCCCAGCGCGACGACUAUGCCGUCCCCAAGAGGCCCUUCCUGCUGCAGGGCAAGGAGUGGCUCGGCGACUGCGACUAUGACAACGUGGCCCUCAGGGUGGCCAAGAAGAGGAACCUGCAGUGAGCGGCAGCGGGGGAGAGGAGGAGGGGACGCCCCAAAUCCCCCAGCCGGACUUUACCCCACCCCCGGCGGAGCUGAGACCCCCCCCCCAGCUCAGAGCGGCCGGGGCUGGGGAGGGGGCACGGGGACAUCUGAGAGGUGGCAGGGGACAGCCGGGGGUGGCAGGGGACACCUGGGAGGUGGCAGGGGACAGCUGGAAGCGCUGGAUGUGCCCACUGGAGGGCAGUGCGAGCCCACCGGAGCAGCGGUGCCCGGGCAGCCGGACCCCCGCGGCCGCAGCCCCGGGACCCCAAACCCGCUCGAGCAGCGGCUCUGCCCCCCUCAUCCCCCCGGGAUGCACUUCCAGGGGCGGCUGGAGCGGGAAUGGCCUGGGGCGCUCAGCUGGGUGCACUUCCCCAAGGAUGGACAUCCCGAAUCCCACAGGAUGGACAUCUCGAAGUCCCACAGGGAUCGACAUCCCAAAUCCCCAAGGAUGGACAUCCCCCAGGGACACAGAUCCCACCCCAUGGGGUGUACAGUGCUCAUUCCCAGGGAUGCAGAUCCCAUCCCUGAGCCCUCCCGUGCCCCCAUACAGAUCCCAGUGCUCCCAGUAUGUUCCAGUGCCGUGGCAGCGCCGGGUCCUUCCCUGCCCAGAGGUUCCUCCCCCCCUUGCUCAGCAAACCCACCAAUUCCGUCUGUUUCAGCCUCACUUUUGUUUUUAAUUCUCUUUAUAAACGCCCUUUCCAGCCCCUCUGAA